GAUACGCCCACUCAACUGUCACUUUGUUAGUGCCAGAUCUCACGAAAUAUAGCAAACUCGUUUACACGAUCAUGUUUAGGUCAAUAAACAUGAUGCCAAACAUGCCGCCGCAGACAGUUUGCCAGUGCUCCCACUGCCCUGUCGACCAAGCCCUAAUUGCAAGUAGGCAAGCUUGCAUGCUAAAUGACUAUCCCAGGAUCCACAUGGUUCCACCACCUGCUCCAGUCCCCCCUCAGCUGUACAGGGUGAUCAGUGAAGCUCCACACCUGACAAGUGCAGAUAGAGCUCUUUUUUUGAGGAACUCUGUCUUCAGAUUGAUUUAUGAAAAUAUCUACCUGGCUCUAACUGACUCCAAACUUCUAGGCUGGUACCUUGCUCUCUCCCCUGAUGAUAGAAAAAUUAUUCAAGAUGAUGGAGGAUUUCACCAGUUCCUAAAGAAACAUCCUGGUUUAGAGCUAUCAAAGCACCAUGUUUAUGUGAAAAAUGUAAUUCCUGAAGAGUCAAGAGACAACUUUCCUCUGUAUCACAACAGAUACAAGGGAUACAACGAACAUCAGAGUUGUCUACACACAAACUACAGCAGACCUCCAUUGCAAACAGCUGACCCCAAAGUACAAGAAAUAAGUAAACUGACAUGGCCGAUGGCACACACUAGCAAUGAUCACAAUGAUAAGAACUUAGAAGAGCAGUUAGCUAAUAUGUCUCGGGACAUGCAACUGGAAAAGCACAUACAAGAAGUGAAUCCUCAAACUACUACUGUUGUUCUGCUCAGUAGCCCUGAUCUUCACUGCAGCGGUGGCAGUGCCUUGUUACAGAACGUGGGGCAUGAAACCAGUUUGAAGGAAAACUUCUACAGCAUCUUGGAGGCAGAUAAGAGCAUUGUUUUGUGUGUCCCAAAUCAAAGUCCUGAUACUUCUCAGUUACUCUCUGGAGAUUUAGUCUCUGGAAAUGAAGUUUCUAUUAUUGAGUCCAUCAUCAGAAAGACUGAGGACAGGUCCACCUCCCCCAUGACCGCUGUCUGCACCUGUGAUGCUACAGUCGGCACUGAGCAGACUAUGACCAUGUCUACGCUAAGCCAAACUGAACCCCAACAAACUGCAGACAAGCAUCUCAAUACAGAGGUCUACAUGUUAGACCUGGAUUAUGUCACUGAGGAGUACAUUACAAUCAAAACCGAGAGAGAUAAACUACUAGAGAAGAUGACGAUACAAAGAACCACUUUGGCAAGGGUUGUGAAUGACCUAAAAACACUGGAGACUGAUUAUAACAAGAUGAGGGAGAAGAUCCUGUCUGGGAUUUCUCUUCAGGACCUUAAGCCUCUGUCUCUUGACAAAGAGAAAACUGAAGGCUCAACAGUUGCAAUGAGAAUUACUGAUACUGAGAAGACCUCUGCUGGCUCUCCUAAGCAGCAUGAUGACACAAUGGAUGCUGAACCCGCUCAUAUCAGUGACAACAAUAACAACUCCUCACAGGAGAGCGAAAUGUUAGAUUCUUCCAAAGGUAAUGCUGAAGUGAAGAGGGCUGUCACGUGUGUCCCAAUGGAUGGAAGCACAAGCCAAAGACCAGAUGGAAAACUCUCGGAUUCAGUCUCUACUGAGGCCUGGUUUGAUGCAGAGGAAGAUCUGUCUUCUGGCAGAAGUGAAGUGCAGCUCAAAGAGGACGAAGAUCUCGCUGCUAGAACUAUGGACAAACCUAAAGUUGUGAAUGCAGGGCUCUGUGUUUCUGGGCUUCCCACUAAUGUUACUGAGAAUGAUGUGAGGAUAUUGUUUCAAAAGUACCGUGUUUCAGAGAUUCACAUCUCCAGCUUAAAGGAGCUGAGUGUUGCCAUAGUGAUAGUGGAGACUCAGCAGUCUGAAGCUGCAAUGAGGGAGCUCAAUGGCCUGAAAAUUAAGGGACACACUUUACAAGUAGAACGCAUUAAUCCCAGCCGAUCAGAAGAUCAGGGUCAAUCUUUCACCUGCACCAGCAAGGCUGAAAGCUCAAAUAACCUUAGCAAGAACCAGAAUCAGUCACCAGCAUCAUCCAGUUUACAGAAGAAGGUGGUGUGUGUGUCACCCACAGCUCAAGGCACGUUUGUGCCACAGCACUAUGGCACCAUGGGCAGCUUUGAUAUCCUCAUGUCGGAGCUGACACAGCGCCACCCAAGUGUGAGCCGGCAGAGAAUUGUAGACGCCCUUCUGGAGCUGAGGGCCAAAUACAGGGGGGUGCUCAGCGGUCUGCCUCUCAGGACAAUCCGAGACAUGACCUCUGAUCUCCUGACUAGCUCACCAGCACCUAAAAUCUAAUGAGACCAUGUUUCAGUCUUUUUUUGUUCAUUCAUAUUCUGAGAUGCUUUAUAUGUUUUGAUAAUUGCCUUCAUGUUGGUUUAGCAGUUGUUUCAUAUUUUUGAACAGUUUUUACAGUCUUCUUUAAUUCGUCACAGGACCUGCUUUAGUUCACCAAUAAAUGUCUCUCAGCA